UCAAUAUAUGGAAGAGGUUUCCGAAUAAUCCUUCAUAGUUAGAAAAUACAUUUUGAAAUACAUGUCAGGAAUUUCUCUAUAUGGAAAAUAUGCAUGUACCAAUAGCUAUAGCGAGGUUUCUACAGAAACAAUGUGAUAAUUUCUCAACAUAACAAUAUUGAAUUUGACAAUAUUUAAGAAGCGAUGGGUCUGACUUACUCAAUACAUGAUGUUGAGGACGCGAUACUUUCCAGCAAUCAACAAAGACUACAAGAAAUUUUACAAAGCUCAUGGUCUCACUUCUCAUGUACAACAUUACUGUUAUGGGCCUGUGAGAAUUCAAGGGAGCAGCAUGUUGAAGUGAACUGCAGAAUUUUCCAGACAUUGAUUGACAAUGGGGCAGAUAUCAAUACUGUUGACAAAGAUGGAAAGACUGCAUUAACGUACGCACUUCAGAAAAACACAACUGACUUCUUGAAGAUAUUAAUCGAUAAUGGCGCAGAUUUAAAUAUGACCAAAUAUGGGAAUAAAACUGCUUUAAUGUAUGCCCUUGAGAGAAAUAGAAGUGACUUUGCCAAGAUGUUAAUUGACAAUGGCGUUGAUAUAAAUGCAGCUAUUGACAGAGAUGGAAAGACUCCUUUAAUGUUUGCGAUCGGGAUAAAGACAAUUGACUUUGUGAAAAUGUUAAUUGACAAUGGGGCAGAUAUCAAUGCUGCAAAUAAAUAUGGAGAAACUGCAUUAAUGCAUGCACUUAAAAGAAACAGAAGUGACUCUGUAAAAAUGCUGAUUAACAAUGGUGCAGAUUUAAAUAUGGCUGAUGAGGAUGGGGCAACUGCACUGAUGUACGCAAUUGGGAUAAAUACAACCGACUUUGUGAGGAUGUUAGUCGACAAUGGUGCAAAUGUGAAUGCUGCUGACCAUGAUUGGAAGACUGUACUGAUGUUUGCACUUGAGAGAAAUGCAGAAAAUUUAGCUAUUCUUACACUGAUUGAGAAUGGUGCAGAUGUGAAUGCUACUAACAAAGAUGGAAAGACUGCAUUAAUGUAUGGAGGAAAAAGGUCAAUUCAUGGCAUGCAGCUGUUGAUUGACAACGGAGCAGAUGUUAAUAUCACUAACAACGAUGAUAUGACUGCACUGAUGUUUGCAAUUGGUUACGAUACAGCCAAGCUCCUAAUUGACAAUGGUGCAGAUGUAAAUGCUGCUGACAAACAUGGGAUGACUGCAUUAAUGUUUGAACUUUGGAAAAAUUCUCAAGGUAUGCAGCUGUUGAUCGAUAAAGGAGCAGAUAUAGAUGCUAUCAAUAAACAUGGGAGAACUGCAUUAACGCUUGUAGUAGAGGUAGAUGCUAAGGGAACAGAUAUAGAUGAGACAUAUGCAGAUGUAGAUGUGACACAUACAGAUGUGACCCAAACAGAUGUAGAUGUGACACAUGCAGAAAUGAACAUUACAGGAAAUGUGAAACAUUGGUCCAAGUUUGGACCAUUAAUGCCUGGAGAUAAAGCCAAGUAUUUAGAAAUCUUGAUAGACAAUAGAGCAGAUAUAAGUGCUCUUAAUAAAGAUUCUAUCUACCCUUACAUCAGUAACAAAACAAUACAGUUUUGCAUGGAUGUAACAUUCGGUGCUGAACAUAUCAACCAGGAAGAGUUUACUGCAAUAUGUGAAGAUCAUCAUAUCAACGACAGAAGUAAAUUUGAAUUAGUUGAUCUUAUUCAAAGCAGGAAAACCAGCCUUAAACACCAGGCAAGGAUGUAUAUAUUGAAAACAAAAGGGAUGGAUUGUAAUGCAUAUGUGGAUCUCAUAAAUUGUUUAAUCAAUGAAGGACACUUGGCAGUCGGGUUGAAACACUUUAUGAUGUUUAAAAGUGAAGUACAAGAUAUGAUGUCACUAUUCAAAGAUUAAUGUGAUGUGGAGAAAUAGUGGCCAUUUUGAAUUAAGCGUCCAUCUUGAAAGUUUCUUCAUGAACCAUGUUUCAACAUAUAGCAAUUGAUAUUUGAGUUAUUAGUGAUUGUAUUUACAAAAAGUGGUGGCCAUUUUGAAAUUCAGUGGCCAUCUUGAAAAUUUCUUCUGGAGCAGAGGUCUUUCACCCAUAAGUCAUAAGCCUAAAAAAUGUGAACCAAAUUCAUAGACCAAACGAAUGGACAGCUUCUCUAUAUCCCUCUUAAACUUCGUUUGGUGGAAUAAUUAACUUGUGGAUUGCAGCAGUGAUAGCCAGUGUGGUUAAAACAGUACUAAAGGAUGGAUCGUAAUGGUGAUCACCAGUCUGAUAUAUAGGAGAUCUAACCAUUAGAAAACCAAUUUGCUAAAUGACUAAAUCAUGCCGCAAUAUUUAAUUAAAUCACCAAGUAGAGCGAAUUCUGCAAUUAUCACUGUAAAUAAUUAAUGACAUUGUCUGGGAAAAAUGUCAACAAGCUCACAAUUUGAAAGAGAGAAUUAAGAAGGGAGACUAGAAAAACAGCAACUCCACGACCAACGGUUGGAAAUUCCAAUAAAAAAC